UUCAGAGAUCGUGUUUUUUAGCAACGAGUGACUGAUUCUAAAUCCCGCUUAUUUUAGAUCCCCUCAAUCUCUCACACGAGUAAUUCAAAUCACAGAGUGAAAUUUGGUUUAUUACAGAGUUGGUAAAUAGUGAUGUUGUUAUGGGAGGGGACCGAUUGUCUGGUUUCGUCAAAUUGUCGAUUGUGCAAUUGCUAGAGGUUGUCCGCGCGAGAUGAGAACGGCUAUUUUUAAGCUCGAAACUGGCGAAAAAAAUCGAAAGCACAAUAUGUUUUCGGUUGUGGAGUGAUGCAGGUGCAUAUUUAUCGUUGGAUUAAGUGAUCACCCGAGUGCCCAUGGACUGCUGCAUAUUGGAUGGAAGGGCCGACUCGGAAAGGGCCCACGACGAUCAGAUGACAGCGCAGAAGCCGGCAUUUGCAAUUGAAGAAGAAACACUCCACCGAACAAGGGCCGGCAGGGCUUUAAGAAAUCGCAAAUACAGACGACUAGUGGAAGAUCAGAGACAGAACAAACGCCUGUUCACGCCCGAGAUUAAACGUUUUCUGAAGAGCUGGUUGGUGCGAAGGAGGAAGAACCCCUAUCCUAAUCGAUCCGAGAAAAAGGACUUGGCUCUCAAAACCGGACUCACCUAUGUUCAGGUGUGCAACUGGUUUGCCAACUGGAGGCGCAAACUAAAGAAGUCGAGUCGCGAAAGACAGAGAAACACGUGGGGCAACCUUAUCAAAGACUACAACACAAAGGCACAGGGCAACGUCGAGCAGUUCAGUAUCAGUUCUGACGACAGUAUCUGGGAUGAGACGGCCGUCAAUACUAAUGAUUUGUCCGAUGAAGAACAACUGACCGACCCGAAUCCAGAUUCAGCCUCCAACAAAGAUCACUGUUACUUCUCCGCUCACAAUUAUUGUCUCCAGCAGGGUCCCACUCAGAAAUGCCCCAGCUUUCUACAACAACAUCCAACAACCUGCAACCAACUGGACAACAACGGCAAUAGAGUAGACAGAAAAUGUAGUCCAACCUCGUUUUAUCAUAACGGCGGGGUUGGAGCAGACGAUUACAACAAGAGGGUGAACAGGAAAUUUAUACAAACCUCGUUUAAUAAUGAGGGGAAAAUGUGUAUGUCAGAGAAAGGCAACUCAAAAUUUGUUGAAACAUCGUUCUAUAAUGGGAGAGAAGAUUAUGGGUUAGAGAAAGACAACACCAAAUUUGUUAAAACCUCGUUUUAUGAUGGGAGAAAAGAUAAUGCGUCACAGAAAGACAAUGCCAAAUUUGUUAAGACCUCGUUUUAUAAGGGGGAAAUAGAUAAUGUGUCAGAGGGAGGCAGUAGAAAAUUUGUUGAGACCUCGUUUCGUGACAGGAAUUUGUCAACGAAAGACAACAGAAAAUCUACGCAACCCUCCUUUCAUAAUUGGGGACCAGAUGUAUCCAGAACAGACAAUAGAAAAUCAACCUCUUCUAAAACCGGAAGACUGGAUGAAUUCGACAAAGUGAAGAACAAAAAGGAGAAAACCAAUCCACCACUGUCGCUUUCGAAAUGGUUGGAGAGUGCAGCCAAGUUUGUACCACGUGACAGCUUCAUUGCAUGGACGACUAGUGGCAAAUGUGGCGGAGGAGGGGGAGGAACAUCCUGGCAGGACUCGGCGAAAAGGACUCGAGUCAAGGAUCAGCGCCGUCGAGGGAAGGAGUCGAGUCCAGGAGACGUGAGGAGUAAGGAGUUGGACGCUGCUGAGGCGCUCACCUCACUCAGUCGACAGACUUGGAUUACGUCCGCCGCACCCUGAGUUUAGUUGUCCAUUUUAUUUCAGCAUCACGAAUUGCGUCGAUUUCCUUUCUGCCGGGAGGAUAAUUAAAGACAAUUUAACUAAAUUAAACUUUCAACCAGAUGUAUAAAUAUAUAGUAUAAUAUAAGAUACCAUUUUCAGUGUAAGAACAUUCAAAAGUAGUUAUUAUAUUGAUAAUUAUAGCAUCUAUAGACAUUCAAAAGUUCCAAUUAUAAAUAAUAAUUAUUAGUACCCUACCCUUGCAAUAUUUUAAGAUUAAACACGCCUAGUUUUGACAUUUAUGUCAUUCUCAAGUGUCCUUAUUUUCGAAAAAACCGUUAACAUAAUUUUCGAAAAAAUCUUAUACCUUGUUAACUGUAUAAUGAUAUAAAUGUCGAAACUAGUCAUGUUUAAUUUAAAAAUAUUACAAGGAUGCUAGUUAUUAUUUAUAAUUGAAAAUUCAGCCCUAUAAAAAUUCUUUAUUCAAAAGUAUACUUCUGCACAAUGGUACAUUUGGAUUAUUUAUUACUGGUAGGGAAAUUGUUAAUAAUUUACCUAGAAUAGAUUUAGAACGAGAUGCAGCUUGUAUGCAAGAGCUCAUUUUAAAAUUAUGUUUUAGGAAAAUACUGUAAUAUAUUUUGAUGAGUAUUCCGUUUCCUUAUAUCUGGAACUAAUAUUUAAAAAUUUAUACUUUUAAUCCGACUAAAUUCUUGAAAAAUAAUCUAUUUUUGUACUCUUUACAGUAGAAUAAACUAAUCUUAUAGCAAAGCUACACCGAUAAGUGAAAAAUAAAAUUGAGUAAAGACGAAUUGAAUUAUCGGUGAAUUUUUAGCGGUAAGGAAAGCUUAAUCUUAUGGACAAGAGAUACAUCAUGCAUCAAGAUAUGAGAAGAGCUAUAUGAAACUACACAUUUUGAAUCCCUCUAGCUAAAUACGUACCGUAGUUUUACAGAAAUUAUUGAUUAGUGAUUGAACCAUAAAUAAUAUACGAAUGAAUUACCUACACCUGUGAAAAAACUUUAAUCCAUUCAUUUUCUUCCAUUUUAUGGACGAAAUAUAAU